ACCCAACCAAUCUGUGAAACAAGCCAACCUCCAAUUUCCAAUGCUAAUUUUAGCGCCAAAAUGGCUGAAAUAUUGGUAAAUUGUUGUAUAUAGUGGAGGGGUAACCCCUACUUGUAUAGAUAAACCUGGAGGCUGGUUCUAGGCCGACCUCCCUCAACCUCCAGUCAUCCACUAUAUACCAACCAAGAUGUCCAUGUUUUCUGGUCUAGGAAACCAAAUUUCAGGGUUUGUUUCCCAGAAAAUGGGGAAGGGGGAUGCGCCCCCUGAGGGCGAGCCCCAGGAAGCGGCGGAGAACGGGGAGGAGGUACCCGUUGAAGGCGGAGCCGGGGGCGGUGCUAUGGGUGGGGCAAUGGGGUUUGCCCAGGGCUUAAUGAUGAAGGCAGCGGCAGCUAAGGAUGGUAUAAAGGAGAAGGCUGGUGGACUAGGUGUUGGAGGUCUUCAGGCUCCGUUCGGUGGGGCAGGAGGAGAAGAGGGGGCGGUAGCAGAACCUCAGUAUAACGAACAGGGAGAAUUAAUCGAGGGUGAGGAGGGAGUAGAGGGGCAGCAAGCUCCUGCAAUGGGGUUUGCAGCUGGUCUGAUGAUGAAGGCACAUUCACUAAAAGAAGGAGUUAAAGAAAAAUCUUCUGGAAUUAACCUAGGCAAUGUUCAGGCUAUGGGGAGUAUGGCUGGUGGUGUGAUGAGCCAGGUUCAAGGGAUUAUACCAGGAAUGAGGAGGGAAGAGGAGGUCCCUGAUCCAGCCCAACCCCAGGAGGAAUACCAGGAGUACCAGGAGGAACAGUACACUGAGUAGAGUUAUGGUGAAAAUCAAUAGACAGAGUGAACCAAUAGCAGAGUACAUGCUCAUGUACACAGUGUACACUGGGUGUACUCAGUACACUAAUACUCCAUGAUAGAUCAGAAUAUUACAAGUGCUAUAGUUUGUGUACAUUUGUACGCCAUUUGUUGUUGACAGUCAGCAUGGAAGGGAAAGCAUACACAUGUUCACCCGGUGUACACAAACACACCCUGCUGUGCCGUACACAAGAAACACUAUGUGACACCAUCUGCAUGACUUGUUGAUUGAUCGAUUUAUACAUAUUCAUUAUUCAAUAUAUGUUGACCAGGAGAUGGCCAACUUUUUAGAAAAAAUAAUUUCAAAUUUCUGGCAUCAAAAUCGGCAACAAAUGUGGAACAAAUAGAAAGUUUCUUCCAUCUUCCGGUUCUUUAAAACUUUCAAGAUUCAUUCAAAAUAUUAAUUUUAUUCAAUGUUAUAUCCGGCUUUAUCAAAGAUUUAAAUUUCAGCGCUGCGUCGUAUUAUUGUAACGACGACCUUUCAAUUUCCUCCAUUUUGUCAUUUUUAAAUUCUUUGACUGUAGAUUAAUCUUAAAAGUUAUCUAUUUUGUAUUUUGUGAUCUAACACGGAACUUGUACCCAACUCCAGUUUAUAGACCAGCCAUUUAAAUGUUUUAUAAAGAAAUUAUCUUGUAGAAUUCUUAUUCUUAUUCAUCGUUUGGUUUGCCUUCAUUACAGCUCACUGUUAUAGAAUCCUAAACACAUCUUUGUGAUUAGAUAGUUUUGCUUCUUAUCAUUUGAACGACACUUGUCCAGGUCCUAAUUCUCCGAAAAUCCGCAAAUUUCUGAUUUCACCUGAUCCCAGAAUUCGAGGAUUUUCUAGAAUCUUUCCUGGACCAACAGCUGUUUGAUUAUAAUGCAAGAAGUCUAGAAAUGUCGUCGUUACUGAUCAUAAAUGUUUGAAAUAAUAAACGUUGUUCUCUUAUUCUUAA